GUAAAUCAUUUCCCCGGACGUUGCGUCUGCUCCCUGCAUUGUUUGUAUCCCCGGAAGUGACGCUGCAUGUACCUCACCCUGUGUCCCAGCUGUAGCUCAGAGCUCACAUUUGUCACUUGUGUGUCUCCGGCAGUGGGCACGGGGCAAGAAUACUGAAUAUUUUUAUCGCUGGACCUUAUUUUCAUCAUGGAUAAUAAGGAUAUAGAUACAGAAAUUCAUCCUCUGAAAAACGACGGGAAAUUUACAGAAAACAAUGUAACUGAUGCAGAAAAAGAAAUUGUCAUUAAGAAGCAAAGUGGACUCUCCAGGUUGUCACGCUGUCGAACAGCCGCUUUUUUUUCUGCCUUAUUCUUGUGCCUUGCAGUUGUGUUUGCUUUCUCAUUCAUCAUCCCUUGUCCAGUCAGGCCUUAUUCACAGAGGACAUGGAUUGCACAAUAUGAGCAAGCAGAAACAAUAGCUUUUUUGACUACUGAAGAUGUGAACCAGGAUAAAGUAAAAGAUGUUAUUUUUCUUGUUAAAACGGACAACACCAGCAUUUUCAACAUGUCCUGUGUGGACAAAGGUUUUCAAUCUCCUUGCACUUUUUUAAUUGCUUUAUCUGGGACAAAUGGGAGCGCUUUGUGGAUCAUACCUGUUGCUGAUGAGGUACAGUUAGCAGAAUGUGGAAUCCAAAACCUGGGAGGGGUAAAGUCUGGUUGCCUUAUUAUCGGAAUCCCAUGCUUUGCAUCCGCAAUUGAUUCCCACACAGGAAAGCACUUGUGGACUAAAGAAAUUAGUACUGAAAUAAAUGCGAUUGUAAAAGGCCCUGUGGUGAAAAUCCCAGAUGUAAAUGGAGAUGAUAUUCAAGAUUUGAUUCUCAUUUCUACAGUGGAAGAUAAGUUUACAAUUUUCACUCUCUCUGGACAUAACGGUGACCUUCUCAGGGAGGACAGCAGCAUUGGUAUUGAGGAAAAAGGCCACCACGUUUUUGUUACAAAGAGUGGAGCACAGUAUGUACUCUUCUACAAAGGAGAUGUCAUAGAAGGAUAUUCCAUAAAUCAUCUAUAUUCUAGAAAAGUAGAAGCAGAAAGUAAAAGUGUAGCAUUCAAGCAAGAUCCUGACUGGGAGAAAAGACUUAACCACUCUGGUGGUUACAUACCUUUGCUUCCAGUUUCCAGCUCCGGUGAUGUUCUGUACUUGAUAACUGUUCCUGGAAAAUACUAUAAAAAUCUUUUCGUGGUGAAAUCAGAGGUUUCGGAAUUGCUUGAUGGGCAGAAACUCAACUCUUUGUGGUCUUUGAAUACAUCAGACAUAAUAAGUAAACCAGCACUGGGGUACUUCAAGAAAGAUGUAAUGUCUAUAAUAGUAGAACUUGGCAUUGGAAAUGGUCGAAAGAAGGUAAUAAUAAUUGAGAGCAACAGUGGAUCAGUACAAUGGCAACUGGAAAUGAACAUGGGAAUUGUCAAUCCAAAUCCAGCUACACUGAGUACAGGGGAUCACCGGUCCACCUUCCUCUUCUGGGGAUCUCUUAACAUGGUCAUAAAUGAAACAACAGGAGCAAAGGAUAUCUUGUACAUGUUUCACCCAACCCUGCCAGAUGUAUUACUAGAACUAAACAACCAUACAGAAAAUAUAGUCAUGUUUGAUGCUGUUCUGUUUGAAGCUAGCCGUCAUGCUUGCUACGUCUUACUGACGGGUCCUAAAACAAUGGAGGAGCCUGGUAUUUUGACUGUUACCAAGAGAAAACUGAAAGAAGACAUCAUAAAUAGCAAAGUCAUCUGGCUCAGCAGUAAAGAGGACAGUAACGAGCAGAAAAUAAGGGAUUACUUUUUUAAAAUGAGAUACACCAGUCAGGCAAAGUAAUCAUUUUUGGGAGCAGAUAUAUUUGUCUAAAUACCAACAAAUUUUAUCUUCAAAAGCUUUUCACUAAUUAAACUAUUGUAAAAUAA